GUACGAAUACAUUAGCCUAGUGAGCUCUGAUUGUAGGAAACCUGUUUUUGACGUCACCGUGUGGACUAUAGCUACCCGUGUAUAAAGACACUAGAAAGCUAUUACUGUAGGGGAUUCAGGAAUUUCUAACUAAACAUUUGUUGAACUGAUGCAGUAGUGGCAGAAAGUGAGGCACAAUGGGACGGCGACGGAUAUCUUCCUUUCGUGCAAAACCUAGGCAGUGUUUUUUUUGUUGCAUACUUGUUGUCACCUUCACAGUCGGCUACUUAAUGGGUUACUCAACGAAUUCACUGCAAAAAUAUUCUACACAUACGGAUUUUAGGAAUACAAAAUUGAAACAGGUAGUUUCAAACCAGGAUACGUGUGACAAACCCCGUUUAGUUCUAGGAAUGUUGACACCAGCCAUACAUAUUAACUACAGGAACGCGCAACGAUCAACGUGGCUGUCUACUAUUCAACGUUUACAAAACGAACUUCCAUUUAAAAUAACGUACAAGUUUCUAGUAGACCAAUCAACAAACGAAACAAUAAUAGAAAACAAUUAUUACAACGAUCUUGUAUUUCUUAAUGUAACAAGCCAUGGACGAGCAGUUAAAUUUGGGGAGAAAUUGUAUGUUUGGUUUAAAUACAUUCAUGAACACUAUCCUGAUGCUUUGCUUGGGGCGAAAGUAGAUGAUGACGUAUUUCUAUGUGUUCCUCAGAUUUUUAAAAGACUUGAUCAAUUGAAAUCGUCAAAAUUAUACUAUGGAUGGACACAUGGCGUCGGGUCACGCGUAAACAUAGACACACGUAUCGAUGAAAUGUUUGUGGUUGUUGGUAAAGACUUGCUAGAAAGAAUCGCAAAACGGAAGUAUUGUACCGAGAAGAAAUGCAACGCAAAUGAAGAUCUAAUUGAUACAGAUUUUGGCGGAACAUCUUUAGGAGCAUGGCUCUCGAUAUACGACGACAUAGAUUACCGGUCUGACAACAAAAGGAUUAUUCAAUUAGGCAAAGGCAAGGAAAGAGAAAUUUUGCUAAACAUCAAGCCAGGCUUUUGCUCGAAAUAUGUCCUUAACCAUAAAUCGUCUGUAGAAGUAAUGGAACAACUUCACGAAUAUAACAAACCCGGAAGUGUAUCUCUUCAUGAUGGAUUUAUCGGCGCUGUGACUGGAUCAUUGUUUUCCGGUAAAGUGGUAAGAACAUUUCUACCACAAUCAUUAACAAGUGAACACAAAUAUUUGGCUAUCUUGGACGAAAUGCCACCGUGCGAUAACUGGGCAGUUGUAACCACGAUUUUUUCUCCAUCGAAAGCUGUAAAAUACAUAGUGUCACUUUCAAAGUGGUGCUUAGUAAUAGUAGCGGACACGAAAACACCACUACAGGGUGCAUACCUUCAUGGACUUGGAAUGAAUAAUGAAACCUCCAAAAGAAUCAAAUAUCUUUCGUUGAAGGAACAGAAUACCCUGUAUCCUUUAUUAUCAGAAACUAUUCCAGUCAAACACUUCGGAAGGAAAAAUAUAGGGUAUAUAUAUGCAAUACACCACAAGGCUAAAUUUAUAUGGGAUUUUGAUGAUGAUAAUUAUGGAAUUUUAGAUAUAGAUGAUUUUAAACCAGAUUUCCAUUUGCCCCAUGUCACAGUGUGCAAUGAUGCACAGACUCAACUCGUGAACCCCUAUCCCUAUUUUGGAGUAAAAGAAACAUAUACCUGGCCUAGGGGUUUUCCUCUUCAAGAUAUUAAAAACAAAACAACUCUACCUAAGCUGUGUAACUCAAGUGAUUCAAUUACACUUGGCAUAAUUCAAUCAUUAGCGAAUCAGCAACCUGACAUAGAUGCUAUUUAUAGAAUGACACGUGACGCACCAUUUGACUUUAGUGCAACUAGACUAUCUCAUAAACCAUUCGUUUUACCCAGAAAUACGUAUACACCAUUCAACGCCCAGGCAACGUUAUGGCUAGCACCAGCGUUUACUUACAUGGCGUUACCUAUCAGCGUAAAUGGGCGUGUCAGUGACAUUUGGAGAAGCUACAUUGCGCAAUAUUACCUUCACAGAAAAAACGUUUGCUUAGCAUUUUCGUCACCUUCGGUGAUUCAAGAAAGAAAUGCUCAUAAUAUCUUAAGAGAUUUCAAUGCUGAGUUAGACUUGUAUCAAAAAAGUAAACAAUUGGUUGACUUUCUUGUAUAUGAACGUUUUAACGAUAAGUUAGACUUCGUAGAGAUGUAUAAAACUUUAUAUUCCAGACAAUAUUUAGAACAUCUCGAUAUUCAAUUUGCUGAAGCAUGGACAAAAACAUUGGAAAACAUCACCAAAUCAGAAUAAAUGUCCAUGCAGAAAGUGACUGGCUGAACAUCUGACAUUAUAAUUGAAAUUAUAUAUUUAUAACAUAUGUAGUUUGAAAUAGUGUUUAUAUAUAAAAUAAAUGUGAAUAGUUUGAAAUAGUGUUAAUACCUUAUCUGUAAAUAUUGAGAAACCUGGUUGCCAGUAGGUUCUGUGUCAACGGGUAUGUUUUCCUUGGGUUGCACACUAGGUUCAGUGUCACCGGUUAUGGUUUCCUGGGGUUCUAUAAUAGGGUUCAUGUUACUUGUGAUGACUUCCUGGGGUUACAUAGUAGGUUAUUUGUCACCCGGUAUAGUUUCCUAGGUUUCCAGAAAAGGGUCGGCUUCACCGGAAAUGGUUUUCUGGGGUUGCACAAUAGGAUACGUGUCAUGGGUUAUGGUUGACAUGGGUUCCACAAUAGGUUCUGUGUCAUGGGGUUUGGUUGUCAUGGGUUCCACAUUAGGUUAUUUGGUUUCCUUGGAUUGUUGCAUAAAUGCUGUGGUACCGGGAUGGUUUCCUUGGGGUUUACGACAGGCUAUGUGUCACAGGGUAUGGUUUUCUGGGGUUCUUCAAUAGGGUUUGCGUCACCGGUCAUUGUUUCCUGAUAUUGCACAAUAUGAUAUGUGUCACAGGGUAUAGUAUCAUGGAGUUCCAGAAUAAUGCCUAUGUCACCAUUAUUGUUUUACUGGGAUUGCACAAUAGGUUUGUGAUACCGGGUAUGAUUUUUUUGGUUCCAGAAUAGGGUUCGUUUAACCGAGUAUGGUUUUCUGGGGUUCAAGAAUAGGGUCUGUGUUACCAGUUAUGGUUUCUGUGAGUUCUACAACUCUGUCACUGGGUUUGAGUUCCUGGGGUCUGUGUCAUGGGAUAUGGUUUCCUUGGAUGGCACAAUAGGAUAUGUGUCACCGGAUAUGGUUUCAUGGGGUUCUUUAAUCGGGUCUGUGUCAUGGGUUAUGAUUUCCUUGGAUGGCACAAUAGGAUGUGUGUCACCGGAUAUGGUUUGAUGGGGUUCUUUAAUCGGGUCUGUGUCAUGGGUUAUGAUUUCCUGGGGUUGCACAAUUGGUUCUGUGUCACUGGGUAUUGCUUCCUGGGGUUGCAAAAUAAGGUGAGUGUCACUGGGUAUGGUUUCCUAGGGUUUUACGACAGGCUCUGUGUCACAAUAUGAUAUGUGUCACAGGUUAUGGUGACACGGCGUUCCAGAAUAGUGCCGCUGUCACCAUUUUUGUUUUACUGGGAUUGCACAAUAGGUUUGUGAUACCAUGUAAAGUUUCCUAGAUUUGAACAAUCGGUUCUGAGUCACUGGGUAUGGUUUCCUUGGAAUGUACGAUAGGUUUUGUGUCACCGGUAAUGGUUUUCUUGGGUUCUUCAAUAGAGUCUGUGUCACCGGGUAUUGUUUCCUGAUAUUACACAAUGGGAUAUGUAUCACACAGUAUGGUUUCCUGGAGUUCCAGAAAAGUAUCUAUGUCACCAUUAUGGUUUCUAGGGGUUCUAAAAUAGGUCUGUGUCACCAGUUAUGGUUUAUAUGGGUUCUACAACAGGGCCAGUGUCACUUUGUUUGAGUUCCUGGGAUUCUUCAGUAGGGUCUGUGACAUGGGUUAUGGUUUCAAUGGAUUGCACAAAAGGAUAUUUGUCACCGGGUUUGGUUUCCUGGGGUUCCAGAAUAGUGUCCCUGUCACCGGUGUGGUUUCCUAUGAUUGCCCUAUAGUUUUUUGGGGGUUCUGUGUCACCAGAUACGGUUUCCUGGGGUUCCACAAUAUGUUCAUUUUGUAAUUUGAACAAAAAUUACCCAAGACAAAUUCUUUGUCAAUCAAAUAGUGUAAAUAUCUAUUGAGUCGACUCGAAACCGCUGACAACUCACUAUGCCACGGUGUGCUCAAAAAUGAAGUUAGCUGUCACGAAUCAUAGAUAUAUUUCGGUCAAUUGCACUCUACUACUGCAGGCAUUCAAGAGGACGGUUAACAUAUUUACCCGUUCCUCCCCUAAGUGAACGAAGCUGCAAAGGUCAUAUGAGAUAUGAUAAAUACAAUAACUUAUCCAAUUCUACCGACACAUUUGAAUCAAAUCUUAAAUGUUUGGCUUACGCAUUAUAUAAUGAUUUUGGUUUGUUGGUAUUUUACGUCCUAUUAACAGCUAUUGUCAUUUAAGGAGGUGCGAUGUUUUGGUUGUGGAGGAAAGCUGGGGUUCCCGUAGAGAAACAACCGAACUACGGCCAGUACCUGGCGACUGCCACACGUAGGUCUCGAACAUACCAUGUAAAUAAUUACAAGUAUUUUUUGUUUUAAUGGUUUUCUCAGUUUGUGAACUUAACGUUGUUGAUCGUGCAGUUUAUGUAACUUAUUGUAAUGAGCUCAAUUUCGUUAUUUUUUUCUGUUUUUGUAUUGACGUUAAUAAUGUUUGUAAAAUGUAA